AUGUAAGCUAAUUGUUGACUUUGUGGUUAAUUUAGCUGUGUUGGCAAAUUUGCACGUGCUUGUUUUGUUAAAGAAGCUAAUUUCCAAAAUACCCAAAGACAAAACUUUUGUGCUAAUUUAGAAUAUGGGCAGAGGGGGGUAGUGUACCCAAAACUUAGGAGAAAUACUUCAACAUAUUUUUACUCAAGUAAAAGUGAAAAGUAGCCACACCCCCAAAUAUUACUCAAGUAAGAGUAAAAAGCAUGUGGUAAUAAGGCUUCAAGUACUAAGAAACUGAUCAAAACAUCAGAUGGACCAAAAUAUGAAGUUAUGUGGAAAUCUAGGAUAUUUUAUGGACGAAAAUGUAAAUAAUUCAAAUAAAUAACAUAAUUACAAAAUAACAAGAGCAGGCAAAAGGAAAUAAAUCCGUAAUUUAUUUCAAUGUAAAGUUUAUUAGACAUUAAUAAAACCAUGUGUCUGUUUCUGGUGAAUUUACUCCAAAAUACUCCAAAAAGUAAUUUUUCCCCCAAAAAAGUUACAAUUCACAAUGGUUGGACACCUUGAAAAUCAUACAUUUGCCCUAUACUUUUCAUACAGCCUUCAGACUGAACUUUAGUGAAAAAUUUACUUGCUUUCUUCAUAAGUUUAUCAAGAUCUCAUCAGGACAAUGUAAAAAAUCGUUUUAGUGAGACUUCAUUGUGUGUGCUUGGUUAAAUUUUCCUGAGAUAACAUGUAAACACCCAGUUAGUCUCCUGCUGUCAAAAAUCCUCUCAAAACCAGUGGCUGCCUUCCUUCUUGCCACCAUGGAGAUUCCUCUAGUCGCAUCAAGUCAUUAGCUCAGGUAAUCCACUUGUGGCCUGGUGCUUUGAUUAUGAGAUCUUGGUCAGGGAGUCAGGACUAAACGAGCGUCAGCCGCAGAGAGGAAGAGCUGGACAUUCAGAGUCGCAUCCUUCAUGGGGCCUCGGUGUUGAUGUUCUAAUCGGACUCGCUCACAGCGGUGAAUGACCUGAUCCGGGCGGACUUGUGGAUAAUGCAACUGAGUAAAUGGCUGCUUAAAUUCAUACUGGAACAGCAGGCAGACAGCCAAACAACGAGGCCAGCUGCUACCGGAUAAGCAAGGCUGUCACGAACAGUCAUGGGAUGUGGCGUCUCAAAGUCCAGCCAGUUCAACAAACAUUCCAGGAAAGCCGUCACCACUAUAAGAGCUGCUGUCCUGAUUCAACGAUGGUACCGGCAAUAUGUUGCUCGCACAGAGAUGAGACGGAGAUACACCUGGCACAUCUUCCAGUCCAUCGAAUACUCCGGAGAACAAGCCCAGAUCAAGCUUUAUAACUUCCUCGGCUACCUCAUGGACAACUUCACACCAUCCAGCACAGAACGAAAUUUGAUCUCGCACAUCUUCAGGGAGAAUGAUGUCUGUUGGGACUCAGAGUGGGAGCGGUACUUCUGCUAUAAGAACAUCGAAGUGCCGGAGGUUUACUCCGGGCCGCACCUCACCUUCCCGCUGACGGUGGAGCAGGCAGUCGGCCUGCUAGAGGCCUUCAGGAGCAAGAAACAGCUGCACUCUCGCUACGUGCUGGAGCUGCUGCUGGAGACGUGGAAGCUGCUCCGCAUGCUGCCAAACAUCAACCGCAUCUCCACCUGCCACAGCAAGGAAAUCACUAUCUGCGGUGAUUUGCAUGGACAGCUGGAGGAUCUGCUGCUGAUUUUUUACAAGAAUGGCACGCCGUCCUUAGAGAAGCCCUACGUGUUUAAUGGAGACUUCGUCGACCGAGGAAAAGACUCCAUUGAGAUUCUCCUCAUCCUGUUUUCGUUCAUGCUUGUUUAUCCGUGUGACGUCUACUUGAACAGAGGCAACCAUGAGGACCACAUCAUCAACCUCAGGUAUGGAUUCACCAAGGAGGUGCUGACUAAAUACAAGAUUCACGGAAAGCGGAUCUUGAAGCUGCUGCAGAAGAUUUUCAGCUGGUUGCCAUUAGCAACCAUCAUCGAUCAGAAGGUGCUAGUCCUCCACGGCGGUAUCUCCGACUCUACGGAUCUCAGCGUUCUGACCAAAGUGAACCGAUACAAUUAUGUUUCAGCGCUGCGGCCUCCGAAGAGGAGGAACCACAGCUCGGCGGGCAUGUCCAUCGACAUCGACAUGGACGACGACCUCUGGAGCACCAGUAAGAUCUACCAGCGCCGGCCGUCCCUCACGUAUCCCAAGCCGCUCGGACCGCGGGAGUGCUUCCACAACCGCUCGCUGCAGGACUUCUCGACCCGGAUCAAGGCCAACAUGGAGAACGAGCUGGAGCACAGCAAGAGGAGAGAGGUCAUCCUGGCAGCGGCGCUCCACAGGUCACAGCAGGACAUUCUGUCUGCGUCCACCGACUCUGUGAACAGCGACAACAUCAAGGACGAGUGGAGGCAGAUUCUGGACCUGCUGUGGAGCGACCCGAUGAACCAGGAUGGCUGCAUACCCAACGAGGUGAGGGGCGGAGGCUGCUACUGGGGUCCGGACGUCACUGAGGACUUCCUGAACAGACACAACAUGCAGCUCAUCAUCCGCUCACACGAGUGUAAACAGGAGGGCUACGAGUUCUGCCACAACCGGAAGGUCCUCACUCUGUUCUCUGCCUCAAAUUAUUACGACGUGGGAAGCAACCGGGGGGCCUACGUGAAGUUGGGUCCAGACCUCGUGCCUUAUGUGAUCCAGUACCAGGCCAGUAGCAUGACCAGAGAACUCACCGCCAGGCAAAGCGUCGGGCGAACCGAACGCUCGGCCCUGAAAGUCCUGCGGGAGCAGCUGUUUGCGCACAAGUCAGACCUCCUCUGUGCCUUCAAAAAGGUUGACACAAAGAACGCAGGUUUGGUGUCCCUGAUUGACUGGGCCUCAGCGGUGGAGAGCGUUAUGCACCUGAAUCUGCCGUGGCGGAUGCUGCGCUGUCAGCUGGUCACCUGCAAGUCGAGCGACGGCAUGAUCGACUACUACGACUGGUUCAACGAACUCGCCAUCAAAGGGCCCAACACAGACCACAUCGACCAGAGCCUGCUGGAAACUUUGUACCGCCAUCGCUCCACUUUGGAGACCAUCUUCAGGAUCGUAGACACAGACAACUCAGGCUUCAUCAGCAUGGAGGACUUCCGGCAGACGUGGAAGCUGCUCAGCGUCUACCUGAAGAUGGCGAUCACGGACGAAGACAUCUGCAACCUGGCCGAGACCAUCGACAGCAACCACGACGGCAGCAUCGACAUCGACGAGUUCAUGGAGGCUUUCCGGCUCACGGACAAGAAGAGCCGCCUGGAGCGGGGACGCAGCAUGUUCAUGGCCACGACGUCGGACCUCACCAAGCUGGAGGGCGACCCCAACGUGUGACCCAGCAGACUCAAAACAGAUGUGCAGCCGCUCACGACACAAGCUGCUUUGAUGACGCACGCGGCGACGCAGGAUGGCGCAGAGAGGCAGCUGCGUCGGGGAUCACGGGGGAUUAGGUGGAGCUCUGAGAUCACGUGUUUGACGGUGAAGGUUCAUCUCAGCACGAGGAACAAGAGAGACGAAAACAACACAGGAAACAUUUUUUAAUAGCUACAAAACUGGAAUAAUGUGACAACUGCACUGUAAUUAAAAAAAUAAGUGUUA